CAAAUGAAAAUGGGAGACGAAGAUCAGGAAAAAAAUAAAACGGGAAAGAGGGGCAGUUUACAAACACUACCGUCCCUAGAUUUAAGACCUGGGAGAGAAGAAGUUCCAGUUGGUGAUGAUGGACCUCCAGCAAAUGUUGUCAGUCUCUGUCGAGACACAUUCCAAAAAACAGCUGAUUAUUUACGUGGAGAAUUAGAAGGAACAGCUGAAGAUUAUAAGUUGCUGGAGAAGAUGAACAAAGUGACCCUCACAAAAUACUCUGAGAUGAAACAUAUCGCCCUCAAUGUAGCAACUGCUCUGCAGGAACUCAACGAGAAAUAUGUUAGUUUGCAACCAUACCUUGACCAGAUCGACCAGAUUGAGGAAAGUGUAGCUGGACUUGAGCAAGCAGCAUACAACUUGGACCAAUACUCAAAAAGAUUAGAAGAAAAAUUCAAAUCUUUAGAGAAGAGAUGAAGAAAUGUGUAAUUUAUUGUGUAAAUCCAGAUUAAUCCAGAUUAAUUGUUGAAAUUUUGCAUUAUUCUGACAAGUGGACUGCACAUAACAGACUCAUUGGAGCUCAUUAAAAUGACAGUAAUUGUUUGUAUGAUACUGUGUAAUUUAUGUCUUUAUCAAUUGUCACUGAGCAGUGAUGAAUGUAUAAUUAGUGAGGCAUUGAUUUUGAUGAAGCAGAUAAUGGUACUAGAGUUCCUGGACUGGAGAAUGUUUCUAUCAAGCCAGUUAGGAGAGAAAUAGAAUUAUAUUGCUUAACAGAAGCUCAGCACAUACAUUUCAGGUGUUAGUGUCUUACGGUUAUUUCGAAAUGUUAGGUAGUCAGAAGUUGGUUCACAUGAUUUUUACUUGGGUAACCAAUAUUUCAGUUAAUGUCGUAGACCCUAGUUUUAAUCUACAAACCAGUAACACAUCUGGAUAAAGAUAUGAUAGAGUGAAAUUAAUGUCUGUGAUAUUGAAAUGGGGAAAUGCCCGCUAAAAAUAGACUAGAUCUUGUCUCCGUAACCAUUACUUCUCACAGGUAUGUGCAUUUUAAGAUUAUAAAAAAUACAUUUUGUAGUAUUACAAACACCGGGAUAAGCAGAAAUGCUUUGGAUGUAUGGAAAUGGAUAAUGUAAACAAUAAAAUGCUAACAAUGUCUGAUUUCAAUUAUCAACAAGAGUACUGAUCCGGUACAUGAUACACUCAUCAGGAGUUUGAUGGGAAAACAUGGUAUGUAUCUGUAUGCAAGAUAUGAUCCGGACAAGGAUUUACUGUUAUGUUCAGUAGACUGUGAAAAGUAGGUCACAGUGACCUAGUGAUAGUGCGCAACACACCGCCUUCCCAAGUUGUUCCUACAUGCGAGGUUUGAUGGUCCUGUAUGCAUCUGCAUGCAAGAUAUGGUCCGGACAAGAAAAAGUUAACAGACGGAUGGACGGAUGCCAUACCAUAAUACAACCCAUCAUAGACGGGCAUAUAAAAAUGGCUCCAAUAGUGAAAGAUUUGUUGUAAUGUUUAAAUAUUGUAUAUGUCACUUUAAAUGGAUUACAUUUACGUAACUGGUGAAUUACAAUCCCAGUGUUGAUGUGCUGCACAUCAAGAAUUCAAACACACUUUUGUUUUUGAAUACGCGAAUAACAUUGUUUUGAUCCUCAAGUUUAAGACAUUUAAUUUUAGAAUGUAACGAUUCACCACGUAACAGAACGAUGGUUCACGUCAAUUUGAAGUUGCCUAACCAACAUGUGGUCAGAAAGACGGUUCGCCUGAAAUGUUGUGCUGUUAUUGCAACACUUACGUCUAAAUAUGUAAUCAAAGAGGAAACCUUCCACCACAUAGGCUUGUCCUACCUAAUGGCAGUGAGAAAUGAUUUCUAUGCUCUUUUCUACAGACAGGACUGAACCUACCAUGGCUUUUAAUAUUAACAUCAUAUAACACUGGCUAGGGAGUUUUUGCAGCAAUCUUAAUGCUACAAAAUCGUAAAACCAUUAUAGGUUGUGAUGUGAUUACAGCACAUGCCAUAGGGAUGGUUUAUGAUUUCAUAGGCUGCUAAAAUUGCUUCGAAAAUAAUGGGCCCUGGUUGUUGCAAGGAAAAACCAACAUCUACUUUCAUUUAAGGGCAGAUUGUGGUUUGCCUGAAUAAUUUGAAUGGUGAUAUCAACCUAGCAUCUUUAGUUUCAACAUGACAGAAGAAAACAUAUUCACAUAGUCUUAUCUGACAAUAGUAGCACUGGUUAUUACAAGGGGGAAAAAAUAACAUCUACUUUCAUUCAAGGGCAGAUUGUGGUUUGUCUGCAUAAUUUGAAAGAUGACAUCAACCUGGCAUCUUUAGUUUCAACAUGACAGAAGAUAACAUACAUUCACAUUAUAUUUGGCGAUUUGGUUGUACAUUCACAUAAUCAUAUUUGGCAAUUUAGUUUCAGUAGUUUAUUAACAGUGGUGAAAAUGAGUGUACAUUCUAUGUACCCAGUUCCUCAGCCAUAUUUGGAGAGAGGGAGUUGUUUUGUUAUUUUAACCUUGUUAUUAAGUCAUGACUGACAUACAUGUGUGUAUAAUUUAUUGAUUAUGAUUGUGCAAAAUACAUGUACUUAAAAUGUCAGUGGUGGACUUUCUUUUCUUUUAAUUCGUUUUUUUUUAUGACACCUUGCAAUGCUUAAUAAAUUGAUUUAUUCUAUAA